GUGCCUAUAUCUAUUAAUGCUUUGUAAAGCCUAUAAUGAGGUUGAACAGCAUGCUUUCCUCCUGUGCUUUUUCCACUAAUAACAUGGCCGAAUCUGAAACCUAAGGAAUAGAAGGGAGCGCACACAUACACGCGCGAAUAAUUAUAUAUAUAUAUAUAUAUUUAUUCGCGCGAGGAUGAUCUUCCAUACCGGGGUAUAUAAGUCCCAAAGUAGAAUGCAUGGAGGCCACGCUAAUGCUUCCUGCUUUCGAUUCGCGCACUAGGGUAGGGCUCGACGUAUGGUUAGUCGUGUGGAGGGCACAAGUGGACGGGUCAGUUGAGUAUCGUACCCGCAUAUACUGUUCAAAAUAUGACGUGAAUAGAGUGAUGGGAUCCAAUACUAUAUCUAGUGAAAACUGUAAUAAUUGUAAAACAAAAAGAAAAAUAUCAGACCCCCCCUCUCUCCUCCCUUUUUCCUAUUUGCUUUAUUAUACUUUUCAUUGCACAUGUAUUGUUCUGUAAAGGGCUUACAAUGGUGCACCAUAUCAUCGACUGAUGGGGUUUUGUUCAUGAUGAUAGA